AUGUAUCCAUAUGCAUACCCACCAUCAGGAUAUAUACAGGCAAACCCAUCACCACAACAAUAUCAUCCAAUGAAUCAACGUAAUAGACAGGUUGGUUUGGGCUUUGUACUGCCUCCUCCACCAACUGUGAUAAAUGCUCAGUUUGUAAAUCCACCAGGAGUACAAGUGACAUAUAAUCCACAGACUGGUGCCUAUAAUGCUUAUGAUCAAAACUCACUAGUACUACCUUAUGGACAAGUACCAAUAGGACAUCAACAACAGGGUGGAGCAUUCCUUGCCAGUCCCUAUGCUCCUCCACCUUCACCAGGUUUUUACUUGCAACAACCACAAGUUCAACCUGGAUACAACCCAGCACCAACAUCAUAUCAUGGUCCACUCAAUCCUUCAAACUACAACACUGGAUCACCUCCACAUUCAUACCUUCACCCAUUGACAUCACAAAGAAGUCCUCGUGAAUACUCUCAACAAGGUCCAGGACCUUCUCAACAACAACAUCAACAACAACAACAACAACCUUAUCAAUCAUAUGAUAAUCGUCCCUCACAAUAUGCUCCUCCACCUAAAUCAGUCAGUCCAAACCUACCAAAUCCUCAAGAGCAACAACAUUAUAGACCUCCUCCAUCCAAGUCCCCUGAACCUGCACCUAGACCUGCUGAUCCAACACCUCCACCUCCAGUUGCUAAGAGAGAGAACAAGCCUCAAUUGGCAAAGGAGAACCCUGUCCCAGCUCAUGUGGCUGCAUCUGCCCCUCCACCCUCAGGUGACUCAUCCAGCAAGCCAGGAUUGACCAACGAUGCCAAACAACAUAAGAGAGACUUUGCACUCAAAGAACUGUUGUCAACUGAGGAGAGCUACAUUGACUCUUUGGAGAAUCUAAUCCUAGUCUACAAGUUCCCAUUGGAGCGUGACCCUACUAUUGUACUCGAGCCUCAUCAGAUCUCUACAAUCUUCUCCAAUGUAGAAGAACUAUUGGUAGUUAGCAAGGACCUACAUUUGGAGUUGAAGCGUAGAUUUGAUAUGCCACCAGAGAAGAGAGUGAUUGGUGAUAUCUACAUCGAAAAGGCAGCAGAGAUGAAGAAAUACGUCACUUAUAUCAACAACUACGAGCGAUCAAUGCAAGAGCUACAACUUGUUGAAGAGAAGUAUCCAAACUUCUUCAGGAACAUCCAAAAGGAUAACCAAUACUCGUUGGAUAUUCAGAGUUUGUUGAUCAUGCCGGUGCAGAGAAUACCAAGGUAUGAGUUGUUGUUAAAGAACUUGUUGCAGAAUACCAAUCCAGAUCAUCUAGGCUAUGAAGACCUCACCAAGGCUUUGGCAAGCAUCAGAGAGAUCAAUGCCUAUAUCAACAACAACAAGAAGUUACAAGAUAACCAAGACAGAGUGGUGACCAUCCGUGACCAACUCAAAGGAUGUCCUAACACAUUUGUCAAUCCAUCAAGAAGAUGGAUUAAAGAGGGUGUCCUCAAUACAGCAUGCAGUAGCAAGAAGUACAAUGGAAUGUUCAUGGUGUACUUGUUCAACGACAUCAUCGUCCUGGCCAAGCCUACUCUAUUCUCGCACAAGAGGACAAAGAAGUUUGAGUAUCUCCUAGAGAUACACUUGAACAAGAGCGAGUUCAAGAUGCUAGAGGGUGGCAAUGAGUUUAGAUUCAUAUCCGACCCUGAGGGCAGCAAACCAUUGAUCUUUACGUUUAUGGCAGUGAAUGAGAAGGCAAAGAAGAGCUGGAUCGAUGACCUGAAGCUCUUGGAAGAGGGAAGAAGCAUUGUGUAG